CGACUUCGGCUGUUCGGGCUUGCUAUUAUGACCUAGAGUGUUCUUCCAGCGGCGAGUGAAGAUUGUUCCACGUAAGAAAAAUGGCCAGACAAGGGCAUCUGAGAUCACGAAAUGUGAAAAAGAGGACUCGAUCUGGCUGUGAUACAUGCAAGAGAAGACACGUAAAAUGCGAUGAGAACAAGCCUGUUUGCAAUAACUGUGGAAGUACCGGCUUUCAGUGUGAUGGAUACUGCUACAACACUUUGGUACAAAGACCAGCCACCGGCAAGAACUCACGAACCCCUAUACCAAGAGCGCACUUCCCCAUUUUCACCAGGUCUUCUCUUCAAAACGGCAAUCCACCCCGACAAGAAACCUUGGCGCAAAGCAAUCAAUCGGGAAAUACAGAACAACAAAAAACCACAAUUGAAAAGUUUGAAAACGAAGGAAACCAAGAGCACGCCAUCCCCACUACUCUACUUACCAUGCCUUCUCUUCAAAACCACAAUCCACCUCGACAAGAAAACUUACGAUUACAACCCUCUGCCUCCCAAACGCUCCCGCAACGAAGAACCACAAGCAUAAAAGAGCACGCCAUCCCCACUACUCUACUUACCAUGCCUUCUCUUCAAAACCACAAUCCACCUCGACAAGAAAACUUACGAUUACAACCCUCUGCCUCCCAAACGCUCCCGCAACGAAGAACCGCAAGCAUAAAAGAGCACGCCAUCUCCACCACUCCACCCACCUGCGGACUCCAGCCGUCCGCAGGCCUUGAAUUCAAGAACAAGCGUGAGCACCAAUACUUCGCGGUCUUUCAGGAGAGCGCAGCUGCCCAGCUAUCGGGAUAUUGCGAUUCUUCUCUCUGGGACUGCGAUAUCCUUCGGGCCUGCCACGAGAAGCAAUGGGUUGUAAUGCUAGUUGUCGUUAUCGGAGCUCUUCAUCAAUCCCUAAACACCCUACCUACUCAUGAAGCAGACAGCAGGAGUCACUACAGCUUCGCCAUACAGCAAUACCGACUAGCCUUGGGAGAAUUGAGAACCGACUUCGAACAGGAACAUCGAACCGAGUCUAGGGUUCGACUCGUCUUAAUCUCCUCCCUGCUUCUAACUUGUUGUGAGACUUAUACGGGCACUCGAGACCAGGCACUUACCCAAGCUAAAACUGGUAUAGACGUUCUGCUUGAGUGGUCAAGGCAGGAAGAGCCUACAGACGACUUGGUGGAUGACUGGUCUCAUAUAAGGCAUGUUGCAUCCCGGUUCCCAAACCUAGAAGAUGAACUCUUGAGAGCAUUUCAGCGACUAGACUACCAAAUACUCCUCUACAGAGGUUUUCAACCUAACCGUCAUAUACCUCAAUUUCCUACUAUCGCCCACCAGUUUACAUCCAUCAAUGAAGCCUAUAACUUCUGGGAUCUAGUCAUGCGCCGAGUCCUAUACUUUCACGCCAUCAACAAUAUCACAGAACAACAUAGCGCAAGUGGAUACGAGGACGAUAAUACUCAGGCAAGCGCAAAGGCAAUGGUUUAUCCAAGUCAUAUACGAGUCGAGAGCGACAAGUUUAAGGCGACUACCGAGCAGUUUCUCCGUCAUUUUAAUCCUAUAUUCCAAAGAUCUAGACAAGAGCCUGGAACAAAGGAUUACUUACUUGCCAAUCUCGUUAUGAUCAGAGUCCUAUCUCGCCGUGCCGUUCUCUCCCAACGUCCGUCGAAGAGCGAGCUAUAUAGUGAUUAUUUCUUGCUAGACUACCAAAAAGUUAUCCAGCUAGCGCGCGAGCUAAUCAAUGAUCCGAAGACGACUCUAAAGAAGGCGAUUUUUGGUUUCGAUAUAAUUCUCAGUAUUUCUAUUUUUAGCCUCUCACGCCUUUGUAGAGAGCCAGGAAUACGUCGACAAGCUAUUGACUUGUUACACCGGUGCCCGCAGAGAAAAGGAUGGUUUAAUUCACUGGUUUUUGCGAAGGCCUCGGAGUGGCUAAUGCACAGGGAAGAAGAGCGGAUGGUUAAUGGAAAGAUGGAAACACGGCAAGGGAAUUGCUCGGUCCUGUUAUGAUAAUACUGUAACAAUUUCACGUUGGCGUUUUGGAGAAUAUAACGGGAAUCGUGAUGGGUAAUACAGAACCGCGCGAACGAGCACUGUUUGCAACCCGAAAAGUUGCCCUGUAUGUUGUUGGUGUUAUCAAUUACAAUAUUUCCG